UAGAUUAGAGAUUAUUUUCCAAAAAAACAUAUCAACAAUAUUAAAAUGAUUGCAGAGACAAUAAGUGAAUAAGCAAAUAAAGGAGUUAAUUUAUGGGAAAAAUUAAAAAUCAAGAUAAAGGCUGUUUAAUCUUUUCUAAGGUUACAAAAUGAUAUGCAAAAGCAGGAAGAUAGUAUUUUAAAUAAGCGCAAAAAUCCUUUUUAAGAUUAAGAAAAUGUUGAUUAGAAUUUAGAUAAGGAUUUAAAUGAAGCUGUUUGUAAAAAACUUAGAGACAACAAUGGAGAUCCUAAAGAUUAGAUUAUAGAAGAUCAAUAAUAUAAAACUUAAUCAUCUAAUAACUUAAUGGAAGUAUUAAAUGAAGGAAGGCAAGAUGAUGAUAACUUGUAGAAUGAUAGUGGUGAUGAUUUAAAUAAUUUAGAUAAUUAGGUGAAUUAAAAUGAUAAAAGCCAAGUUUUAAUUUAACAAAGCAGCAAUAAUUCAAACUUAGAUUUAAAUUUUUUUGUUGAAGAUAAUUAAGAUUACAAAAAUUACAGUACUAGUAAUCUGAAAGGUUUUUACAAAGAAUAAAGCAGUUAGGAUUUCAAAAUUUAAAGCAGUUAAAUGAGCUUUAAUAAUGAGAAAGAAAAUAAAACUAAUAAUGAAGAGUCCAAUAAAAUUUUCAAAAAUAUUUCGUAAUAAAACAAUGGAGAAAAUUACAACGAAAAAGCUGGAAUUUAAAUUUAAUAAUAGAAAGAUUAUGAAAAUAUUUAAUAAUAUGGGGAAUUAGAUAGCAGGAGUAAGCAAAACGAUGAUAAACAAGGAGAAGAAUUAGCUUAAUAUGAAUUUGAGUAAAAAGAUGAAGAAAACAAAAAUAUAUAAGGAAUUAAUUAGGAAGAUUUAUCGGAAGAUGAUAUUUUUUAAGACAAAGAAGCCAAUAAAUCCUAAGAGGAUUAAGAAGAUCAAUAAUAUGAUUAAAAUAUUCCAAAUGAUGAAUUAUAUUAGCUUUUUGGUACUCAAUCAAAAAAAGAAGAUGAAAAUGAAUAAGAAGAAAAAUAAUAGGAAUUAGAAGAUGAAAGUGAAUAUGAGGAUGAACAAGAAGAAGAGGACGAGGAAAAAGAGGAAGAUAAAGAAGAAGAUAAUAAUGAUGAUGAUGGUGAUGAUAAUGAUUGGGAUGAUGAUGAAGAAGAUGAUGAUGAUAAUAGUGUAUAAAAUGAAUCUAAUAAUAAUCCUGAAAAUGAAUUUAACUAAGAUGAAAAUGCUAUCUAAAAAUAAUAAAAGAAAAAGCAAAGAGAAUAUGAAGAUAGUUUAAUUAAAUAAGAAAACAUAUAUAUUAGUGAUGCUAUUAUAGAAGAUGAUAAUACUAAUGUUAUUAACUAAGGAACAAAUUAUAUAAGUUUUGAACUUAACGAAUAAGAAAAUAUUAUAACAAUAAAAAUUUGCACCAGAGAAUAUAAAAUUGAUUUAAAUAAAGAAAUAGUAAAGAAUAAUGAUAAACUAGUAAAAAUUAUUAAUGAUAUGGCUGACUUAAUUGAACAAAUGAAGAUUAAAUAAAAUGAAAAGAUACAAGAGUUAAUGAAAAUUACUGAUCAUAAUUAAUUCACAGCUAUAGAAUACUACUUAAUGAAAACCAUAGACGAUAUUUUCAGGCAAGAAAGAGGAAUUUAAAACUAAUAGUGGUAGGAAGAAAUUUGCUGUAUCUGUCAAUGUGAUUUAUUUGAAAACAUAGACAACUAUUCUCAAGAAGAUUUCCUAAAGUAAUUAUAAACUAGCUCAGAUGAGGAUCCAAUUAACUUAGUUCACUGUGAAUCUCAUUACUUUCAUAAGAGUUGUCUUUAAAUGAUGAUUUAAUCCACUUAUAUUAAAUGUCCAGUUUGCUCCAAAAUCUAUGGAGUUAUGAUAGGUGACUAACCUCCUGGAACUAUGAGUAUAUAUUUGGAUAAAUACACAUCCUGUGAUGGAUACCCUGAUAUAUCAACAAUAGUAAUAGAAAUGAGAUUGAAUUCAACCUAAAAAAACGGAAAUCAUGUACCCUCUACAUCAAGAAUAGGGUAUUUACCUAAUACAGAAGAAGCCAGAAAAAUUUUAGAAAUGUUUAAAAUAGCGUUUAAGAGAAGAUUGCUUUAUACUAUAGGUAAAAGUGUCACUACAGGAAAGGACAAUAGAAUAAUAUGGAAUGGAGUUCACUUUAAAACUAACACUUAUGGAGGUUCUGCACAAUUUGGAUACCCAGACCCUACUUAUUUUUAAAGAGUUACAUAAGAGUUAUCACUUAAGGGAAUAUAUCCUAAAGAUUGA